AUGGCCAUCAUUCCGGUUGGGUACCCAGCAAAUACCCUCAGCCAUGAACAACUGAAUGCUACUCGAUGCGCGCUGAUCGAUAGCGUCAUGGAGCAGAGCUCAAGCAAUACGAGACCCAAGUUUAGGAAGUGCACCUACAAACAAGGGUAUCUCGAAAUCGUCUGUGUAGACAAAGAUACAGCUAAGUGGCUGAAGGAUGCCACAGCUGUAAUCAAGCCCUGGGAAGGCGCUUCAUUGGAAGCUGUUGAAGUGUCGCAGAUUCCAAAACAAGCGCUUUACAUCGGAUAUUUCCCCGACAGCAUCGACAGGUCCGAUGGGAACAGCCUCCGCCUGUUGCAGAAUCAGAACGACAAUUUCUGCACAGAACGCUGGAAGAUCGUGAAGAGAACUACGAUCCUCAAAAUGGUAGAGCUCCUGUUGGUGGUAGAUGAGGCUUCAGUGAAACUGAUAACCUCCCAACACAACCAGCUGAACUACGUUUUCGGACGGGCGGCUAGAAUGCGCCAGCUGAAGGAGGCCCGGCCACCGCCUCCUAUCAGUUUGCAUAUCAAAAGGGCAAAUCUACGGAAACAGCCCUACAUACCUUAG